AUGUCGACCGCCUCCUCUCCCUCUACUCCUCUGCGAAAAGAACAGUCCAUCCACAAGUCAGAUCCAACUUUCUUCUCUCGCUCCAUCUCGAGAUCUGUGUCCAAGUUUGCCUAUGCCAGUUCCCCCAAGUCCAACAUCGCCAGGGGACGGCAGUCACCCAAGCAACUCGAGCUGGGUGUCUCAGACUGGACUUUAACAGGCACCGGGCCAAACACAACUGCCACACCGUCAAGAGAAAAGUCAAGGAAAGAGACGGUCCUGAGGUCGAGAGCGGGCAAGACCACGAUCAGACUCCCUAACAACACCGCGGACAGAUUCAUUCCUAAUAGAGCUGCAAGUGCGGGCCUGGUAACUGCCGGGUCUGGCAAGCCAGAUGAGAACACUCGUCCACGGACUGCUGGCAUGGAUGGAUCCAUCGUCCUCGCCAACGCUGCCAGUGCCAGUGCCUUUGAGAUCUCUGCCCGAGGUGCGGAUGCAGACAUCACGACCGCCCUAGAGGGUCUUGGACUCGAGGACGACAACACCACCUCAUCUUACACUCGGGCCAAUCUCGACUCCAGUGCUUAUGAAUCAUCACUUGCUUCUGCAUGUGGCAUCUCAACAAGCCAACGAAUCCUUGAAUUCAAGCCCGCCCCCCCGGAAUCAUCUAAGCCAAUUGACCUCCGGUCACAAUACAACCGCCCACUGAAGCCCGCCAAUGCCCAGUCAGCCCAGUUCCGUCGCCGUAUUCAAUCCGCGCCUGAGCGUGUAUUGGAUGCCCCGGGUUUGGUCGACGACUACUAUCUGAACCUGCUGGAUUGGAGUUCCGGCAACCAGGUGGCCAUUGGCUUGGAGCGCAACGUCUACGUCUGGUCCGCCGACAGCGGCACCGUCAGCUGCCUAUUGGAAACUUCCCCCGACACCUAUGUCAGCAGUGUCAAAUGGUCAGGCGAUGGCGCCUAUGUCGGCGUGGGUCUCGGUUCCGGGGAAGUCCAGAUCUGGGAUGUCGAAGAAGGUACUAAGCUCCGGAGCAUGUUCGGACAUGAAACUCGGGUCGGUGUGAUGGGAUGGAACAAGCACACCUUAUCAACAGGCGCACGAAGUGGGCUCGUCUUCAACCAUGACGUCCGGGUCGCUCAACAUAAGGUUGCCGAGCUGGUGUCCCACACCUCGGAAGUGUGUGGCCUGGAAUGGCGCAGUGAUGGCGCGCAGCUGGCCACGGGCGGGAACGACAACUUGGUGUCCAUUUGGGACGCCCGCUCAUUGGCCGCUCCCAAGUUUGCAAAGAAGAAUCACCGCGCUGCAGUCAAAGCCCUGAGCUGGUGCCCUUGGCAAUUGAACCUCCUGGCAACUGGUGGCGGGUCGCACGACCGACACAUUCACUUCUGGAACACGACCACGGGGGCCCGAGUCAACAGCAUCGACACCGGAUCACAAGUGACAAGCCUCAAGUGGAGCAAUCACUACCGUGAACUGGUGAGCUCCGGCGGCUUCCCAGACAACUCUCUGAGCAUCUGGAGCUAUCCGACUUUGGUGCGAAAUGUGGAGAUUCCCGCUCACGAGACUCGAGUGCUUCACAGCUGCCUCAGUCCCGAUGGACAGAUGCUGGCAACGGCAGCGGCUGAUGAAAGUUUGAAAUUUUGGAAGAUCUUUGAGCGGAAAGCGGGCGUCAGUGCGUCAGCGUCCAGGGAGGGCGGCGUCGGCAAAGGCGGCGCGAUGGCCAAGCAGAUGACCAUUCGAUAA